ACAGAUCUAAAAAAAAGUACCCUCUCUCUCAUGGCACUCUUUCAUUUAACUCCACGCCGAAGAUCGAGACAGUUACGUCCUUCUUCUUCUUCUUCCCCGUCCAUCUUCUCUCUCAUCUUCAUGAUCUAAAUCCACCAAUUUCACUACUCAAAAUCUCAGAUCUCUCCCCAAAAAUGGCGAAAAAAACCAGAAAACCCACAAAGAAACUCACCAAAACAGACAACCCAAAUCCCCAAACCCAACAAAAACCUCAAUCUUGGUCUGUCGUUAGAAACCUCUUCACCUGCAAACAUCUCCACGACCAAAUCCUCCAACAAAAACAACCCACACCUCAAAUCACCACCGCCGCCACCACCACCACCACAACCAAGAUGAACCACAAGAAACUCAAGUGUUCCGGGUCCCUUUGCAGCAACACAAAAGUAACACAGAGGCCAGAACCAUCUCCAUCCCCUGAAGAACACAGAAAGAAAAGGUCAAGCCUCACUGCAAGCUCUUCAAGUCACAAUAGCUCAAGUAGAUCCAUUAAAGCACCUCUCAGUAGUAUCGAAACCUCUGAUUCUUCUAAUUCUAACUCCAUUACUUCGUUUAAGAGGAUCCCAUUCAGAAGACUUUCUGGGUGUUAUGAAUGUAGAAUGGUAGUUGAUCCUAUUGCAGGUAUGGCUAGAGAUCCUUCUCUUAGAGCCACCAUUUGUUCUUGCCCUGUCUGUGGUGAAAUCUUCAUGAAAGCUGAAACCUUGGAACUUCAUCAAACUGUUAAACAUGCUGUGUCAGAGCUGGGUCCAGAAGAUACAAGCAAGAACAUAGUAGAAAUCAUAUUUCAAUCAAGCUGGUUGAAAAAACAAUCCCCUGUUUGCAAAAUCGACAGAAUCCUCAAAGUAAACAAUACCCAGAAAACCAUAACUAAAUUCGAGGAAUACAGAGAUUCAAUCAAGACUAAAGCUGCUAAUCUGCUCAAAAAGCAUCCACGUUGCGUCGCCGACGGGAACGAGCUUCUUCGAUUCCACUGUUCUACACUUUCAUGUUCGAUUGGACUUGACGGUUCUUCUAAUCUCUGUAACUCGAUACCCAAUUGCAGCAUUUGUGGGAUUAUCAAAAAUGGGUUUCGUCAGUCCGGCGGGAAUGGAAUCUUGACGACGGCGACGAGUGGGAAGGCGCACGACGGAGUGGCGGUGGUGGAAGGGGAAGAGAAAAGGGCGAUGCUUGUUUGUAGGGUGAUCGCCGGAAGAGUGAAGAAGGGAAUGGAAGUGAAUGGGGAAGAGUAUGAUUCUGUCGCCGGCGCCGCCGGUGUUUAUUCUAAUUUGGAUGAAUUGUUUGUUUUUAAUCAUAGGGCAAUUUUGCCUUGUUUUAUUGUUAUAUAUAGGGGAUUUUAGGGUUUUUUUUUGUUGUUGGUUUUAUUGUUGUGUUUAGGGUCCAAAAUCUCCAAGAAAAAAUGGGAAAUAAUUAGCAAGGUAAUGGGAAGCUUUUUGAAUGGUUAUUUGGUUU